AUGGCUGACGAUAACACCAUCAUCGAAGGCACUGUUAAGUUCCGCGAUGGAAAAAAGUGGAAGUCGCGCUGGUGCGUCAUGCGGAAGCUGUCGCCGGUCGCGGACUGCGUGCACCUGCAAGUGUACCGCGACUCGAAGGCGCGGUGGGGCGGCGCGGCCAGCAAGGCGUCCCUGUCGCUGCAGCAGUUCCUGGGCUGCGAGGCGGGCUUCACGCUCGACAAGCACUCGCACACACUCGCGCUGCUGUGCCGAGACUUCACGGCUGUGCUCGCGUUCGAGACGCGCGAGAGACUCAUACAAUGGCAGGUAAAAGUCGGUGCUCAACUCGGAGAAGCGCGACAGUACCUCGUACUGGUGGGUUCAGGUGGGGCAAGUGCAGGUGGUAAGAGAUUGGCGGCGGGCCCAGCUCGCCUUCACCUGUAUCAUCGCCGUUUUGCUUUGACCUCUGGUGUGCCACCACGUUUGCUGGGUGUGUGGGAAAUUGCGCAUCUGAGACGAUACGGCGUAGUCGAUGGACGAUUCUGUUUUGAGGGUGGGUCACAUUGUGGGAAGGGCGAAGGUCUGCAUGUGCUGGUGACCGAUCAAGCCACUGAAAUAGCUCGUGACUUUGAUCUGGCGUCUAGAGGACAGUUGUCACCAAGAAGAAGACCAUUAGGGUCCAAGAAAGGUCUUCACAGUCCUCACUCUCAUAAAUCAUUUAAAACAUCAGACUCGCGAAGAUUAGAAUUAAACACAAUAGACAGAUCACUGCCACCAACAGACUUGCGACUAUAUGAAGAUCCUUGCAUCGGAGAUGACUUGGGUGCAAUCUCACCGUACUGGCCUUCCGCAGAACGAACACACUUUCCAGAUAUGGGGUUAGGUGAUACGGCAUCUGUAAAUGAAACCAUUGAUGGUGCUGAGACAACUCCUUGGAACGGAAAUGGAAACGUUAUGUUAGAAAGAUGUAUGAGUUGUAUAUCAAAAUUAGGAGCUUUGUCUAGGUCAUCGACAGCUGCUUUAACACCUGGAGCUAAACAUUUCAGUCCGGCGUGGACUAUGGAAGCAGUUGAUGAAUACGAUAACAAUGAAAUGACGUCAACUGAUGCAAUUUUAAGUAAUGAAAAGCAAAAAGAUGGCUCUAACAAAGAGGAUGUCUGCCGGUGUUCCCUAGACAGACCGCCGGAUCGACCUCCAAAGCCAUUACGAUUAGAAUUAAAUCUCACAAAAAAGCCACCUAUGCCUUUACCUAUUAGGUCGUUUACUCACGGUCAUCUGUCGUCAAUUGGCGAAAAUAAUGCAACAAAUAUUGGUCCUUACGAAAAUUAUGAUGUGCCAAAAAUACCGUCAGCUGAGGUAGAAGGAGAGUACUACGAUACUCCAAAAAGACUCAAAGAAUGUCUUAAUAGUGAAUUGUUUCAAAUUACAAAGAGUUCAAAUACAAAUACGCUUAUACUGAAGAAGCCUUGUGGUUGUUUACUAAAAUUAGGGAAAAAGAUAAAACAACCAACAGUAAUAAAUACAGAUGAAAGUUUUCAACCAACAAACUGUCCAUGUCAAAGAGUAACUGAUUGGGCAAACAAUUGGAUUAAAUUACCUUAUUGUAACAGAAACACUGAUGACAAGGAAACCGAAAACAAAACAGUGAAGAAUAAAGAAAACGUCAUACCAAAUACUAGUGAUCGAAGUGCACUUUAUGCUACUGUGGACUUAUCAAGGAAAACAAAGAGAAAAACUCCGAACGAGUCCUGUUUGACCCCUAGCGAUACAAUGAGUCGCAGUCUUGAUGCGAGAGUGUUUGAGAUCGACGAGGGUCCUCAAGCGAAUUACGAAAAUCUAAAUUUUGCUUUGUCCUUAGAACAUUAUGAAAACGCGAAAGAUUUAUUAAGGAAAGCUGGUGUUACACAGUCAGAGCUUAAUGCUCUUAGUACAAAUUUAAAACCUAUAAUGGGAUUCACUAAAAUAAGAGGAAAAACCAUGUGUAAUAAAUGUGGUCAUCAAAAAGAAGAUAAUGAUGAAAAAUCAAAUCAAAAAAGUUCUAACGAUGAGUAUUUAAUGAUGGAACCGAACUCAUUAGGCAGCAAUAAAUUUGAACAAGACAAGUCCUUACAUUCUGGAUAUACACCAAUGUCUCCUAUCGGUAGUUUUGGUUUCCAUACUUUGAAAUAUCCAGCAAAAAAUCCUAUAAGUAGACUACUUGAUGAGAAGUCUGCCAGUAAUCCAACGUUAUCUGGACCAGAAGAUUCUCGCCCCAAUAUAUUGUCUGCUGGAGAACAUGUAGAGUUGCGAGCGGUGCGAGAUCGUGCCGAAUUUAGAAAAAGAUCUAGUUCUGCCGAUUCAUCAAGAUUCCUUGACGAUGUUAAAGAAUUUGACGGUAGCGUCGGAAGCAGAGGUUCAGCUUCAUCCAUCGAAACUUUACGUGAUAUAGGUGUGCGGGAAACAAACACACCCUGUGACUGUGCCACAAGCAAACAUUCGGAUGCCGACAGUUCAGAGGCGUCUAAAGCGAAAGGCAUAACAGUAACAGCGGGCGGAAAUAGGGAUUCAUCGAGUUCGAACGAUUCAGGUGUAUCUAGUUGGUCUCUACGUGGUGAAACGGCGCCUAAUGCUGCAGAUUUUGAGCUGCCAGCAACGACUGCAGCUACUCGAAGAAGGUAUCGAACAGCCCGACGUGCGACGGAUUCUCCACGAGGUACACCCCUUCGUCGUUCGCGUUCUUCCGGAGGGACAAGAAAUUCACCACCCGCUACACACAAAUGUUGUUCGGCUGAAGCAGAGGUUCCUGUACUCAUCGUCAAGCCUCUCAGAGGUGUCAUGGAUACGCAUAGCACAUCCAGCGGCACUUCCGAUAUGUCGGACUAUAUUGAAACCCUUUCCAUUUGUUCUUCGCAUUCAUCGUCAGACACUCCUAUAACUAUGCGAGUUAUGCGUCAAACGACGAGUACGCUGCGGCCGCGCUCCGGCAAGGAGUACCAGCCGCUGGCGCCGCGCCUCGCCGCCGGCCUGCGGUCGACACAACCGCAUGCAUAUUCAAAUCUCCCGUAG